CUCUAAAGAGCCCAAACUUUCCAGUAGCUCCACCAGGGUUACUGGCACACCUCAUAAAAGAAGGAAAGAACAAAAGAAAGAAAACAAACAAACUCUUGAUUCUGACACAUUUGUUACAUAGCUAAUUAGUGUGACUUUUCUUUUUGAAUUUCUUUGCAUUUCUAGUGAAGAGGCCCCUUGGUGUGAAAAAAAAAGAGAAAAUGAUAGCUCUGCUUUGCACCGCUUUGCUUUCCCUGACCCUGGCCAGCAGUGUGCACAGUGAUACCAACAGCACUGCUUCUACACCAGUCUACACAGCAGGUAAGUGAGUGUGUGUGUGUCUGUGUGUGGGUUUGUGCGUGUGUUGGCAGGGGUGUGCGUGUGCAUGCUAUGGGGCCUCAGUAAAGUGGUACCAUAGACUAAUAUAACAGCAGGGUCAUUGUAGUGGUUGGUAAUGGAACCCUCUCUGGGGUGCCAUACACAGUCUGGCUCACUGACUCACUGUUUACGGCUGGCCACUGGCUGAGCAUAAAUCAGCGUGUCACUCACAAUGGCUUGCUUCCACACAUCACAAACUAACGGUUUUACACUGCAUAUGGACCAAACUACUAUUUUUAGAAUAGAAAUGUGUCACUGUUUUCAUUGUAGCUCAAGUUCUAGUUCAGAAUUGUUCAAAAUGGUUUACAGAGACUGUAGCUAAUUGAUUAUUAUGUCUACAAUUGGACCACUUGGUCUUUUUUGUUUCUUUACAAUGUGUUUAUUAGGAUGGAGUGAGAAGUGGAAAAUUGGAGGGGAACAUUUUCAGAUUGCACCUGCUCAAGCUACAUAAUUGAGUUUAACUUAAAAUAGCAUCUGUGGCCUACACCAAAUAAUGGGGGAUAUCUAACUGACAAAUGCACUAGUCCAAUACCACUGAGAAACACAUGGUUCUAGCUCAAACCAGAGUCUCAAUGUACAAAGUGAAGAGUAUAUGAAUGAAUUUUUCCAGUCCUGUAGGCUGACUCAGGGGAUUUGAGUUCCAGCAUGUGUUAGCUCUAUCACGGCAGAGAGAGAAAUCCUAGCAAUAAGCAAAAUGCACUUCCUCAGAGUCUGUAGAUGAGAUGCUGCUGUUCUGUCUGUCUCUGUAAAUGUUUGUUCUACUCCUGCAGCCUGAUGAUGUCAGAAGUGUGUGUGUGUGUGCGUGCGUGUGUGUGUAGACCCAUGAUUUCAGAGCCUUGGCUCUGGCCGGCACCCAGCCCUACUCUAUACAGUAGCUCUUUAUACUAACCAUAUGGAGAAGACGUCUUAAUUUACACUUAUGCCAGGGGCGUUGCCUGCUCCACAGACUCAGCAGUACAUGCAUUCUGACAGGAACGAAGUUAAGAUUAACAGCCACAGCCAAAUCCAUAGAGCCCUGUGCUGAACACUCUCCAAAUGACUCUCCCUUUCCAACUGGCGUUGCAAGCUCCAUGCUCUACCAACUGAGCUACAGGGGACUUGGUGUAAUAACGCAAAUCUGUGAAAAUAAUAAAUUUUCUGUAACAGUGAACAUGCAACAUUUGGGAAGGACAAUCGAUUGUGAGAUAUGGCAUAUUCAUUUGAUGUGGGAAAAAUAAAAUAAAAAGUGAUACAUUUGGGUCUCGGUUCACAAUUUGACCUUUUUUGGGGAUCUCUGCCAAGCAAGGAGGAAACAGCAGCUCAGCUUACUGCUCAUGCAACAACACAUGCACAAGAGAACUCCUCAUAAACACAACGCUGUCACUGGCAGCUUUCAAAAUACAUCAGACUUUAGCACAUCAACCAACACAACACACCUUUUACUAUAGGCCUAUUGUCAGAAGCAUAAUCAGACCUCAGUAGUAGCCUAGUUUAAUUUCUCUCUUUCAAUGCCUUUCUCUGGAAACCAAGCAGAAAUGCUGUGAGCUAAAAAUGGCAUUGUAGCCACAAAAAUACAUUAGACGAUAAUUGUCAAACAGAUCAGAAACACUACUGCUCACAACCUUUACCUCCUAAAUGGUGUCGCUGGUGUGUUCUGUUAGAAUUUUGGAAUAUAAUGCGCAAUAGGCUAUAAGGUUUUUUACCUGGCCCGAGUCCAUCCAUAUACUGUGCGUGACACAACACACAUAACUUUUAAUGCGCUCGAGAAAUACUGAAGCAAAGUUUCACCCACCUUUUAGAUAAGAACAUGUCUGCCUACCUUUCUGUCAUGUCAACCAUCCAUCCAAAUCAAAUAAUUCCAUGUGUCCAUCUGUUUUUUUUUUGUCUUCAUAAACGUUCACUCACGUAGCCUAUAGGCUACGUGAGUGAAUGUUUAUGUUAGGGAUCAUCAACUAGAUUCAGCCGCGGGCCGAUUUUAUUUUGCUGAGCAGAUGGUCAGGGGGCUGAAACAUAAUUACAAAUCAUUUGUAGACUGCAAAUUGACCGCAAGAAGCCCAAACAGAUACAAUAUUUGACUCAAACAUAAUAAUUCCAAACCUUGCUUACAUUUGUAUGCGAUCACGUGUCUUUCUAUUAUCCGUGGGGAUACUUGGGAAAAUAUUUCCAAUAUUAAAAUCAUUUGGAGGUGAUUUCCUGGUGUUUUUACAGUCUUUCAUGUUCAACAAUAAAUAAAUAAAUAAUUUAUUUUUUUGCUCAGAAAACUUGGGGGCGAAAUAAAACCACCCGUGGGCCAAAUUCGUCCGCCAGUUGGGGAACGCUGUUAUAUGGGGUAAUCCAAUGAGCAACAUUGCAGCUGUAGCUUGCCAGUAAUAAUCAUUCAUCACGUAUACUAUACAGCAUAUAAUCAAUACACAACUUUCAAGAAGUAGGGUAUUUCAUGCAGAAAAUUAUAACUACUUGCUAUUUUAUAAAAUUAUCACAUUCUCUGUCUCGCUCAUAUAAAUACAUUUGGCCCUGGCUGUCACGUCUCCUCCCGUUGCUCCCCUCCGGCGCUCUGAUUCGCCGAUCUACUGAGCAACCGGUCUGAGCGCACCUCCUCGGCAACACCGGAAUGGAAACCCAACGCACCCUAAUCACCUCCAGCGCACCUGCACCUCAUCAUCUCAUCACCACCCCUAUUUAGCCCUGGACUGUUCUGUAUUGUCUUGUGUGUGAUUGUUUAGUGUUGUGUCGUUUACGCUCUCUUUUGUUAUUCUCGUUCUCAUUAUUAAGUAAACCUUGACCUUGUUUAUUCCUGCGUCUGCUUCCUGCCUCUUCGUAUCAGUACUCGUCACACUGGCUUGCAAACGAAAUCUCUUGCAUAAUUUUGUAAAUUAUUGUCAUUAGUCUACCGAUUUCAAAAUGUAAAUGUAGGCCUAAUAAUAGCGUAUUUGAUUCAACCCCUCAAAAAAUGUGGCGUGACCAUGAAUCGCAUUUCGAUAGAUGCACGCAUCAGUAUGCUAUUAUAGCCAAUCUGCAGUGGGGAAAUUAUUUUACAAGGAUAUAUUUUAAGUCAGCUGAUUACUGUAGAAAAGUUACAAUCUAAUGAAACAUUUGUUACAUAAUUUAGCUCAUGUGUCAUCCUAUGAAGUGGACAUUAUGAUGCACAUUCAACACUAAUUAGGCGAUCCCUCUCAUUUUAGUAGCUAUAGGUAUAUUGCCGUAAUGAUCUGAUGACACCAUAAAACAAGGGAUGUAGAGUCAAUAGCCUACGACAACCUAAAGUGAUGGACAAUGUUGAUUGACAGGUGGAAUGAUGUCCAGUGGGAUUGCAAUGUAAAAGUGGGAGGUAGGAUCAGGUUGGCUCCCUAUUUCCUUGGUUGGUAGAGACUUCAGAAAAUAUGAAAUUGUUACCUGCGACCCAAAUGUAUCACAUAAAAAUUUAUAUGUCAUAUCUCACAAUCGAUUGGGUUUACCGAAUUCAGUAUGUUCGCUGUAACAGAACGUUAAUCUGUGUGUGUUUAAGAGAGUUGACGUGUGUAUGUGUGUGCGUGCAUGCAUGCGUGUUCACGCGUUUGUGCGUGUGCUUGUACAUGCAUGCGUGUGUAUGUGUAUGAGAGUGAGUGAAAGUGUUUUGGGCACGUGCCAGGGGUGUGUGUGUAGGUGUGUGCCUUGGUCACAGCUGUGCCUGUUAACUCCAUCUUCUUAUUGAUUCAGACUAGCUGUGCAGAGCUGUAGGAUGUUGUAAAGGAUAGCAUGUCUAGCAGGCCUGGGUUGGUGUGGUUUUCUACUCAAUGAGACACAUGUAGUUACAGCUGUGUAACAUACUCUCUCUCUGUAUACAUACUGAUUUAGGCUUAUAGGCUAAUUAGUGACUAAUCAACUUGCUCGGUUGCUCCUUCAACAUCUCAGACCACAAUCAAGUUAAUAUAAGUUUAGGAUAACAUUAUUAAAUGCCUGUAGAUGCAGAACAUACAGUAUAUGCCGCAUGGCAACGUUGGACAAUUAUGAUGUUACUGUUAAUUUAUUCCAUUAUGAUGUUACUGUUAAUUUAUUGCCUACGUUGCUACACUCUCAAAGACACAGCUGUUUCCAAUAACUCAGUACUGUAAGCUUUUACGGAGUGAGAGAGAAUUGUGUUUAGUUAUUCUCUGCUCUCUUUCAUUUUAACCCCACCCUUAACAUAAUAUGUGGGGGGGAAAUGGUUGGUAAUGGUUUAAUGAGCCGUUUGUAUACGUUACAUCUGACAAUUAGGGGUAACCCUUGACCCCACAGAAAUAGCCUUGUAUAAAUAAGCUAAGGCUUGAUAUAAAAAAUACUUGGCUGUUUGCCAAGUGGUUAAAUACACAUGCCAGGCUGCCACUUUAUGAUUGCAGUGUAUAUUACUUGGGGCCACAUACUCUCAAGGGCAAUAUAUCUCCACUGGUAACUGAGGUAGCAGGGGUAGGGGUAACAGAGCAGUCUUAUACUCAUGUCUCUACUGAAAUUAGGCAUUUUUGUGUGCAAGUGUUCACCAAUAUAUCUUUACAAAGUCAUUCUUUGUUCACCAAUAUAUCUUUACAAUGUCAUUCUUUGUAUAGUAUUUUGUGCAGGAUCUGUCUGUUCUUCAUGUUUCAGAUGCAUGUUGUCAGUAUUUGUGCUGUAUGGGGUCUCCUUGUACAGGUUUUUUUUUUGUUUACGUUCAACCGCAUAGUGUUUCCUGUUAGCUAUGAGAUCUCUUAUUUUUACCAUGUACACCCAAUCCCCAGCCUCAUAUGUUCAGGGAUUAUAAACCUCAGCCAGAACAAUGUUUCUAUAAAUCAGACAAACAAGGUCUUUAUUAUUUUGCCUCGUAUCUGCUGAAUAAGAAUCAGAAACGUUUAGGGAUAAAUCCUGGCCGAUUGGCGUUGACGUCAUCAUGCGCGCCCGGUUUGAUGAGGAGUGACUGUGUCAUUCUGGGCUUUCAGUUUCCAAUCAAACUUCAGUCAACGGCUUCCCAAGUCCAGAAUUUAUGAGGCUGAGAGAAGCUGUGAGUCAUAAGCCAGUGACAGAGGGGGAACUCAUACAAAGACACUUGGCUUCUUCAAGAAACUCUCCACGCCCCAUUAAUUAUUUUUGCCUCUUAAACCCUUUGGCGUGCAUCUGGUGCGCCUGCCUGCCUGGAUGGAGGUGAGGUGUCUGGGUGGGUAUGGAGGGGAGGGGUGGUGGUGAGUGAGUUGCAGCCCUGAGGAAAGGAAGGAAAUGAAAGAGCGUUUGGAGUUAGGGAUAUAGGGUGACAUUACAUUUGUCAGGCAGCACAGCUUCUGUUCAUUAAACCCCUCUGCAGGAUAGCGUGCGACUGAUAAAGUAUAGGCCACUCUAUUAAGCCCAGCCACGUGUCGACUAUUUGCUCUGUGUGCAUGGGAGAAUGGGGUUAUGGGGUUUAGAGAGGUUGGGUGAAAAACAGGGGUGGAGGAAGUUGGGGUGGGGGGAGAGAUGAUCGGAGCAGAAGGCUGCUAACCUGGAGCGCCUGGUAGUGAUUCCUGCACCGGUAUUGGCACAUGUGGAAAAGAUUUUGCCUGUUGAAGAGACAGCAGAACCGUUUUCCAGUCAUGGCUUUGGUGUGGCUCAACGAGAACCCGACAGAGACAAGAAGAGAAAGAGAGAAAGAGACAGAGGCACCAGGAGAGACAGUCAGACACAAGGGAGGAAGGGAAAGAGGGAGAGAGAGAGGCAUACUAUUUUGUUAAGCUUAGAUACUGGCUAGGAUGACUGUGGACACUAGUUAGUAGCUUCUGACAUAAUUUGAUCACUAACCAGGUUUCCAUCCAACCUUUUUAUAUGUCGGAUAAAAAAUGUAGUGAUGGAAACAGUAUUUUUUUCCGUCAACUUUCCAAAUGUCGACAAAACAAAAUACGCUAGACAAGGUGGCAUCUUUUUGUGUCGGUAAAAUUAAUAAUGCGAGAAAUGUGGGUGGAAAUGCUUUUAUGCAUAUAUUGUUGUGAAGGGCCUGGAGGUCAGGGAGAUUGUGGGAACUCAUGUCGAGUUGUCGGGAAAGCAUGCAGUUUAGGCUACAGACAAAAUAAAUUAUCAUGAACUUCACAGGGUGGUGAAAGUGCAAGGUGAUGAGCUUGAUUAUCCUUUUCAAUAUUAUUCUGGUGACAUGAUAAUCUAUGCUUUGCUGCAGUUUGACAUAUAAAAAUAAUCUUGCUCUUUUGUCCAUAAUAAUAAUCUCAUCAUAUAGGCCAGGGGUCUCCAACAAGUCGAUCGCGAGUUACCAGUAGCUCGCAGACCACCUAUGAGUAGCUCGCCAAACAAUUAUGAACAUGGAAUUUACUUCAUGAUUUAUACUUUUACAUUUGAUACUUCAGUAUAUUUUAGCAAUUACAUUUACUUUUGAUACUUAAGUAUAUGAAAAAACCAAAUACUUUUAGACUUUUACUCAACUAGUAUUUUACUGGGUGACUUUCACUUUUACUUGAGUCAUUUUCUAUUAAGGUAUCUUGACUUUUACUCAAGUAUAACAAUUGGGUACUUUUUCCACCACUGCAUACAGUAAAUGCUUAUUUUACAGUAAAUGCUUAUUUUACAGUAAAUGCUUAUUUUACAGUAAAUGCUUAUUCUACUCUUUCCGUAGAUCAUAUAGACUAACUGUUUGUCUUUUAGCCAUGUUUGUAUAGUUAAUUGAAGUGCGAUGUGUCAGCAUUGUGUUUUUUAAACACUUUAAUUUACUACAUCAUAUAUUUAAGAAGUGGCUGAUGUGUGGUGACCAUUGGCUGCUCUGUCCAGCCCAGGGGGCUGUAUAUCCUGGGGCUCUACACACAGCUUUAUUGGUUGUGGUGAGUGGGUCAUGGGUCAAGUGCAUCCAUCAUGUCCCUGCCUGGGCUCAGUGGGCUGGAGGCCAGGGAGAUUGUGGGAACUCACGUGGAGUGACUGAUAGCAGCUACCACUCUGAACUGAAGGGUGGCCUGGUUAGGAGGGAGGCCAGGAGGGAGGCUGGGAGGGAAGGAGGGAGGGGGAGGGGAGGGAGGGAAAGAAUGAUGAUGGCCAUAACGUGAGGGAAAACGUGUCAGUUUGCAAACAAUAUAGUCACCUUUUUUUGUAAAUGCUGAAUAGCAGGAUGCCCAACUCAUGUUUUUCACAAGUCUGCUGGGGCGGGUGAAACAUAACAUUUUUAUCUCGGGGGUUAAUGUGGAAUAACGUUGCAUUUGAUAACUGCCAGAGCUGGUCGUGGUAUACAGUUUGGUGAGAGCUAGCUGCAUAUUAUUUGCUCCAGAGGCGGGAGACUGGCUGGUUCCCAAAACUGAAUCUAAUCAGGACUGAAGGGACACUUUUAUGAUAUAGCUGACUGGCCCCUACAAAGAGGGGGAGUGUGUGUGUGUGUGUGUGUGCGUGUGCGUGUGCGUGUGUGUUCAUAACACACAAUCACCAUAAAGUAUUCAAAUAAUAUGUCUACAGUGUAUAGUGUGACCCAAGUCUGUAAAAAACAAUGUGUUAACUACUGUAAGACUCGGAGAGUGAUAAGGAAACUUUGCUGGUAGUCAGUUUCACUACUGCACCCCCCCACCAAAAUACACUAUAAAGUUAAGCCUAUACAGUUAUGUCCAUUUAAACUGCCCCCCAUUCCCAUACCCAACCACUAGUGCCAGGAACAUGGCAAGAUUGCUCUGCAAAUUAUUGCUAGGGGGACAGAGCCAUGCCACAAUGGGAAAGACAUUUUGUGACAAACAAUCUGGUCUCAUAGCUAUAUUAACAUUGUUCAACUACAAGCCACAGUCAUUAUGGGUUUCAAAAGCGUAAAAUUUUAGAGGACAGAGCCUGUUUAUAGGCAAUGUUGAGAGGGGCAUUUUUCAGAGAUCUUUUACUGCUUUUUUGCUUGCCAAUCAAACACAUGCAAGGCCAUAAUUAUUGAGGGCAAUCUUGAUUCUGGUACAAUUGUAUGUCCUUGUCCAAUCAUUAAAAUCAAUGCAUUACUCACCCAAAACAUUAAAAGACGUGACACCUAAGAACUGACACCAGUAAUUAAUACAACUUUGUUAUGUAUUCUACUGUAUUAUUCUGAUGCCUUAGUACAUCUUGACUUACGCUACACCUUCUCCUGUCCUUCCCAGAGACUGAACUUGGUGAUCAGAACCGGGUGUUUGCCAGUCGCGGCUCCAACAUCACUCUACCAUGCCGGCUCCACCGCCAGCAUGGGAUGUCCUUCGGCCGCAUGGGCAUGAGGAUCAAGUGGACCAAGCUGUCUGCGGACGGGUCACUAGAGGAGGAUGUGCUGGUGUCCAUGGGGUUCCACAAGAAGAGCUACGGCAGCUUCCUGGGCCGUGUCCACCUGCUGGAGGCCGACGAUGAUGAUGCCUCACUGCUCAUCAACGACGUGUCCCUGGACGACAUGGGAAAGUUCAGUUGUGAGGUCAUUGAUGGCAUGGAUGAUGUCAUCCAUGAGGUUACCUUGGAGGUGCAAGGUAGUGUAGGCUACAGCGAUGGUAAAUCUUUAUCUUUUUACUUCCUGCCCCGGCUCAGCGAUAGCCAUCUCAUGUCAUCAUCCUGCACUUCACGUCACCCCCCUCCAUUUCAUUUUGUCUUCACUGUUGUGUCUUUAUGGUGUUGUUAUACUUUUGUUACACUGUAAAUAAGGACAGGAGGUUUUCAUGACCCUACCCAUAAACUACUGUCUGGUAGAAAUGAAUGGUUUCAAGACCAGAGCCAAGAAACAAUGGUUUCAAGCCAGAGCCUGUUUCCUUAUUUUCAACACCAUUUUAUUGAUUCAUGUGUACAUUUACAUUUACAUCAUUUGGCAGACGCUCUUAUCCAGAGCGACUUACAAAUUGGUGUAGAAAGACAAAAGACAAAAAAGAAGACAGCUUUUGUUCAUUUUUUCGUAGUUUGUGCUGAUUAUAUUCACACAGCCUUACACUGCAGUAAAUGAAAACACAUUUUCCAUUUGAACUAAUCCCACUCCGCAACUAUCCAAACAUCCUCCUUGCUCAUACUAUUUGCAUAAUCAUAAAAUGAGUCCUGUUCUUCCUUUUAAUAUGUGGUACAAAUACAACUUUUUAAAAAACAUUCUAUCCUUAAAACUGAGUCAGCCUGAAUGCGUCCAAUAAUAUUACAUGGUCAUAGUUCCCAUCUGGGUCAAGACCGCCUGAGCAGAUUUUGCUCUGGGGUAAGAGAAAAGCUAGCUUGCUAGCCAUAAUGAGAACAGGCUGGCACAACUAUCCAUUGUUAACAUUGGAACAAAGUCAUGCCCAAUGAAAAGCCUCAAUGCUGGUUGUGACAGUCCAGCAGUCAGGUACUUAGGCUACCAUGGGAUGCAGGCUUGUGUAAAAGAUGAAACUACAGAUGCUGAUGUAACAAUCUAAUAUGUUACAGGGAUUGUUUUUGCUUUACCUGCUCCUAGUUGUUUCUAAACCACAAAGGGUCAAACACCACCCUCUCUGUUAGCUAGCAAGAACAUUGCAUCUCCAAAACAGUAUGUCAACAAUCACUACAGCCAAAUGAUAGCCACCUUUCCCUCACAUAAUUUUACAUUUUAGGCAUUUAGCAGACGCUCUUAUCCAGAGCGAUUUACAGUAGUGAGUGAAUACGUUUUCAUACUGGUCCCCCAUGGGAAUCAAACCCACAACCCUGACGUUGCAAGCGCCAUGCUCUACAUGUAUAAGGGAUUACAUUUGCUGGACAAUAGAGGAGUGGACCAGCAAAGUCUGAGUCAAGGGAAUUAAUCCCAUUACAUAACCAUAAUACCUAAGGGGCUGUUUUACGGCUGUAAAAUGACAUAAGUAACCCACCCAAUGAUUGACACCAGAGGUUCCAUUUGCUGGACACAGUUGAUGAUUGUGCUUUGUAUUAUAGUGCUUUGGAGUCUUGUUCGGGCCUAACAUACUUGCUAGCUUGGCUGUUGCAGCCUAAUUAAAAUGUAAACAGCUUGUUUGGAAAAAGGAGCAGAUGUCACACCUAGCUUGCGUGAGAUGAAUCUCCCUUCCCUGCUGAGGGGCAGAAUACUACAAAAUUAGGCAGUUAGCGAAGUCUGAAGCCUCUCUGGAGGCAGCUGCUCUUUUAACACUCACCAGGAGCUGCAGGACCAAGAACAACAAUUGCUUACACUCACUAACAUAUACUAUCAGAUCGAAUGUCAGAAACCCCCAUUCCCUCAUGACUGGUCCAGUCUACACCCAAGGCCCACACACAUUCUUCAUCCUAUUUACUGGCUAGGUCUGCAAACCCACAGUAGGAUGAGUGUGUAAAACAUACAUCCAAAAUGAUCUGUAUUCAGAUGGACUGUAUUGUGUUAGAAUAAUAUUCCUCACCUACAGUAUGCUGUGAUAUACCGUGUUUUAUGUGUGUCUGUAUGUUUUAAUUUACGGUAUAAUUCAAUGAACUGUAUUUAUAUAGCAUGCAUAACUAUGCAAUGGGUUUCUAUCCACUGUGGUGAUUAAAUUAAAGACCUAAAAUAAACAUUCACGUAAGGACACAUUCAAAAUAGUAUAUGUCAUAAAAAGGAUAACAAUCUAUUCCGACUCGCUAAAAGAGUUCUCACAAUAGAAUAGUGAGUUCAGUUGGCAUUUUCCUGAGUGGGAGCUCCAUUCAGCUUAAGAGCCAAAUGAACUAUGAUAUUAACCCCAGCUCCUUGCUCAUUCCCAGGUGUGGUGUUCCCUUACUCCCCACGGCUUGGCCGAUACAACCUCAACUUCCACGAUGCUGAGCAGGCUUGCCUGGACCAGGACUCUGUGGUGGCCUCCUUCGACCAGCUCUACGAGGCCUGGAGGAGUGGCCUUGACUGGUGCAAUGCCGGUUGGCUUACCGACGGCUCUGUGCAGUACCCCAUAACCAACCCCAGAGGGGCCUGCGGAGGUGUCAACUCCGGGGCGGGCCUGAGGAACUACGGCCAGCGUGACAAGUCCAAGAGCCGUUACGACGUCUUCUGCUUCACCUCUGCCCUCAACGGUGAGUUUGUGUCUGCUUUAUGUGGUUGUUUUCCAGUAAGUCAUUGGACAUACAGUAUCUAUUAUUUUAACACAAGUAGUAGAAAUAGAUAGACAUACAUUACAGUAGGGCAGACUUCAUCAGCAUAGCUAAUUGACCUCUCUUUAAAAUGAGGCAACCCAACCAAAAUUCUCUGUUGACCUUUGGCCGUCUUCCCCUCUCUGACCUCAGGCCACUUCUACUGGCUGGUACAGCCUGACAAGCUAACGUUCAACGAGGCUGUUCAGGCGUGCCAGGAUGACGGAGCGGAGAUCGCCAAGGUGGGCCAGAUGUACGCUGCAUGGAAGCUGAACGGUUAUGACCGCUGCGACUCUGGCUGGCUGGCUGACGGCAGCGUUCGCUACCCCAUCUCCAGACCCCGCAGGAACUGCAGCCCGACAGAGGCGGCCGUGCGCUUCGUGGGAUUCCCCGACAAAAAACAAAAGCUCUUCGGUGUCUACUGCUUCAAGGGACAGCAGUGAAGAGGAAAGAGCUUAGCCAUGAGCACCAAACCCAUAUAACCACCAAAUAAAAACAACAAUGACAACAACAACACCUUUAAACAAAAGAUGCAUGUCAGGACUUAAUUUGCAUGAAGUAGCAUCAGCUCAUUAACUUACCAAAACUGUGAUAACCUUUUUUUAAUGAAUACUGUAAAAUCUCAUUUUCAUACUGCAAUGAUCCAAAACUAUUUUGUAAGCUGAAACAAGAGUUAUUCCUUAACAUUUUCAGUCAUGUAAUAUGUUGCUCAUAGAAUAUAACAAUGCAAUUUUUACUUAUAUAAAAUGUUGGUCAUAUAAUAACACAGCACUAUGGUUGAAAUGGACUGGAUGAGUUACGUAAUCUAAGGUCUAGAUUCAAUCAGAUCCGCUUUAACCAACAUCCACAUAGCGGUUGUUUUGGCGUU